AUGAGUGACCUAGACCGGGCGAUCGAGCAGCUGCGGGCCUGCCGCCUGAUCCCCGAAAGUCAGGUCCGCGAGCUGUGCUACAAGGCGCGCGAGCUCCUAAUCGAAGAAGGCAAUGUCGUGUCAGUCGAUGCACCCGUAACUAUCUGCGGCGACAUCCACGGCCAGUUCCACGAUCUGAUGGAGCUGUUCCGCGUCGGCGGCGAUGUUCCCGAUACCAACUACCUCUUCAUGGGCGAUUUCGUCGACCGUGGUUUCUACUCACUCGAAUCCUUCCUUCUCCUCCUUUGUUUGAAAGUCCGAUACCCCGAUCGCAUCACCCUGAUCCGCGGCAACCAUGAGUCACGCCAGAUCACAACAGUAUAUGGUUUCUACGACGAGUGUAUCCGCAAAUACGGCAGUGCAAACGUAUGGCGGUACUGCUGCGAAGUAUUCGACUACCUGGCGCUGGGAGCGAUCGUGCUCGGCGCGAGCUCGGAGCUAGAACCCACCAACAACACAGCACAAGGCAACAUGCCCAUCGAUGACAGAAGGCUGGAAACAGAAGUCCUGAAUUCCAGAGGUGAGGUCACGGAGAGCAGCUAUCGACCCCGACAACGUUCCUCCUCCGACGCAUCGACAGAUUCCCGAAACAUCUCCCCACCACGAGACAUCUCCGCCGCCCCAGGCCAGGCCGCAGCGCCCUCGCGAACGGGUGCUCCAGGAACAGGUGCCAGUGGCGAUGGCAACGGCAGUGCUGUGACUAGUCGCACCGGAGCGGUGCUCUGUGUACAUGGUGGAUUGUCACCGCUCAUCGACUCCGUCGAUAAAAUCCGACUGAUUGACCGCAAACAGGAGGUGCCCCACGAAGGUGCCAUGUGCGAUUUGCUUUGGUCAGAUCCAGAUGAGAUUGAAGGCUGGGGUUUAAGCCCUCGUGGCGCUGGCUUCCUCUUCGGCGGCGAUAUUGUCAAACAGUUCAACCAUCUCAACGGCCUGUCCCUUGUCGCCCGUGCCCACCAACUUGUAAUGGAGGGAUACAAGGAGAUGUUUGACGGUGGCAUCGUUACCGUCUGGUCUGCUCCGAACUAUUGCUACCGCUGCGGUAAUGUUGCUGCCAUCCUUGAGCUAGGCGAAGACGCCAGUGGGGGUGGCACCGUCGCUCGCAGUAAUGGUGAAUAUGGCCGGAGUAACGGAGUCGUUGCAAAUAGUACAGUCGUCAGUCCUGGAAGGAGGUACCGAGUCUUUGAGGCUGCGGCGCAGGACACAAGGGGCAUGCCUGCGAAGAAACCCGUCGCUGAUUAUUUCCUGUGA